CCACAACCCAUUCCGAGUCAAUCUCUCUCAUCUCUAUUUUGAAACCCUAGUUUUCUCUCUAGACUCUCUAAUGGCACCCAAAGCAGCAGCAGAGAAGAAGCCCGCAGAGAAGAAGCCGGCGGAGGAGAAGAAGUCCACGGUGGCGGAGAAGGCUCCGGCGGAGAAGAAGCCGAAGGCCGGGAAGAAGCUGCCGAAGGAAGGCGGAGCAGCCGCCGGAGACAAGAAGAAGAAGAGGUCGAAGAAGAGCGUUGAGACUUACAAGAUCUACAUCUUCAAGGUUUUGAAGCAGGUUCAUCCAGAUAUCGGGAUCUCGAGCAAGGCUAUGGGGAUUAUGAACAGUUUCAUCAACGAUAUCUUUGAGAAGCUCGCUCAGGAGGCUUCGAGACUUGCUAGGUACAACAAGAAGCCUACGAUCACUUCUCGGGAGAUUCAGACUGCUGUGAGGCUUGUUCUUCCCGGUGAAUUGGCUAAGCAUGCCGUGUCUGAGGGUACUAAGGCUGUGACUAAGUUUACCAGUUCUUGAAAGGCCUUCGAUUGAUCGAUCGAUUGGCUUCUCUGGUCUCGUUCUGUUUUUUUUACAUAUCUAAGGGUAGGGUUUUUAGGAUUUGGUGACUGGUAGUGCUAAUGUUUUAAAUUUCUUUGGCUGGUUGUGAUUUUGAAUCGGUUUGAUCUAGUUGUGUAGUGCAGAUACAAUCGUUUGGCUUUUGUUUUAAAUUUGAAUCUUUCGAAUUUAAUAACUUUAAUUGUCAUUUCUA